AUGACUGUAAGCGAAACUGGAGCCCGACCACCUCAUUCCUCCGGCAUCACCGUCCUUGUCGUAGGUCUGGGACCGGCAGGGCUAGCAACGGCGAUUGAAUGUCACCGCAGAGGCCAUAAGGUGAUCUGUCUGGAGCGGAAGCCAGAGAGCUAUCACUUGGGGGAUUUGAUUAGUUUGACAGGGAAUGCCGUCCGGGUGCUGGAGAACUGGGGCGAUGGCGCCGUUAUCCGAGCCAUGCAACACUUCCAGUGCAAUUUGAACACCCUGCAAGUUUACGACGAGACCGGCGCACUGAAGCUCCGGAAGCCUCACAACGCCACGGACGCGCAAGAGGACGGAUACAUGCUGCGGCGAUCACGGCUUCUAGAGAUUUUUCUGGAUCAGUUGAAGAGCCUGGGCAUCGAGAUUCGUACCGGCAUCCAAGUGACCGAAUACUGGGAGACUGAUCGCAAUGCCGGGGUUAUUGUUGGAGACGAGAUCAUCACCGCAGACUGUGUGAUCGCGGCCGACGGCGUUCACAGCAAAGGCAGAGCACAGAUAUCCAGGGAAGAGUUUACCCUCGAGGCUACAGACGGCGCUGCAUAUCGGGCCUUUUUCCCUGCAAGCACCAUCGCGAAGGAUCCGGAAGCCUCCUGGAUUAUCAAAGAUGCCGGCGACAAGGACUGCUUCCACACCUUCUACGGAAAGGACAUCGUCAUCAUGGUGGGAACCGCGGAGAAUCAUCAAUAUAUCUUCUGGAGCUGCGGACACAAGGAGAACGCCGAAUCCGAAUCUGACUCGGUAAGACCGGUCCUCGAAUUCAUCAAAGACUGGCCGGUCGCAGGCAAGCUCGCUCCUCUGAUCUCCAAAACUCCAGACGCCAAUUGGAUGAACCAGGCCCUGUUCACUCGAGCGCCGUUGAAGAAGUGGGUGUCCGACAAAGGGAGGAUGAUCGUGGUUGGCGAUGCAGCCCAUCCGUUUCUACCGCAUGCUGGUCAGGGCGCAAACCAGGGCAUUGAAGACGCAGCGGUCGUGGCUUUGUCUCUCGAGAUUGCCGGCAAGAACGACGUGCCGCUAGCCCUGCGAGUGGCCGAGAAACUAAGGUACCACCGGACUGCUGCCAUCCAAAAACGCGGCGUCCAGGCGAGAGAUCAGUCUUUGAAUGUUGACUGGAACAAGGGAGGGUUUACCAAGACACUUGAGCUUCGUCCAGCCUGGUUGCAUGACCACGACUGCGUGAAACAGGUCUACGAAGAAUUCUCCAGUGCUGCUGAUGCUGUCCGAAAGGGCACUGGCUAUACACCGGCGUCGGGGAUCCCAAGCGACUAG